AUAAUAAUAAAAAUAAAACAAAAAAGGAAAGUAGCAGGAGUGUAUUUCUUUCUUUUUAUUGUUUCUAAGCAAAAACAGAGUAGAGUGAACAGCAAGGCUAGUACAGUGAAGCACUCGUACAAGAUUUUUUUCCGAGCUCGUUGCUGGCUAUUAUUUUGAGAAUGAAAUUAAAGAAAAAAAAGGAAAUCCUGAAAAUUGAAUUGAAUUUGAAGUAGAAGAAAAUUUGAGGGAAACACAAUUGUUGUCGGUGGUGGCUAUUCUAACAAAUACAGUCAUAUGAGCAAAAAGGAAUUCAUGUAAAAAGUGUUGGAAAAGGAAAAUGGUGAGAAAGCUGAGAAAAAUAUAAGAUCGCUUUUUUUUGAAGGAAUAGAUUCGAUUUCCGAUGGAGUCUCGCAUGGAUCAGUACGAGAUCAUGGAGCAGAUCGGUCGAGGCGCUUUCGGAGCCGCCAUUCUCGUCCACCACAAGGCCGAGAAGAAGAAGUACGUGUUGAAGAAGAUCCGGCUAGCUAGGCAAACCGAGCGUUGCAGAAGAUCUGCUCAUCAAGAGAUGGCACUAAUUGCGCGAAUUCAACACCCUUACAUUGUCGAAUUUAAGGAGGCGUGGGUCGAGAAGGGUUGCUAUGUUUGUAUUGUCACUGGAUACUGUGAAGGUGGAGACAUGGCCGAAUUAAUGAAAAAGUCCAAUGGGGUUUAUUUUCCAGAAGAGAAACUCUGCAAGUGGUUCACGCAACUACUACUGGCAGUCGAAUAUCUACAUUCAAAUUUCGUCCUACAUCGUGAUCUAAAAUGUUCGAACAUCUUUCUAACCAAAGAUCAGGAUAUUCGUCUUGGGGAUUUUGGACUUGCUAAAACACUGAAGGCAGAUGACUUGGCCUCUUCGGUAGUUGGAACUCCUAAUUACAUGUGUCCUGAACUGCUGGCGGAUAUUCCUUAUGGUUUUAAAUCUGAUAUUUGGUCUCUAGGGUGCUGUAUGUAUGAAAUGUCUGCUCAUCGUCCUGCCUUUAAGGCUUUUGAUAUGGCAGGAUUAAUUAGCAAGAUAAAUCGUUCCUCUAUUGGUCCUUUGCCGUCCUGCUAUUCCCCGUCCUUGAAAACACUUAUCAAGGGCAUGCUGAGGAAAAACCCUGAGCAUCGGCCAAAUGCGUCCGAGAUUUUGAAGCACCCAUAUUUGCAGCCCUAUGUUGAUCAGUAUCGCCCAUCUUUCAGCCCUCCGACAGAAUGUUCCCCAGAGAAGCCUAUCUCUGGUGGUCGUAAUUCUCGGAGAAAUAUGGCUGAAAGCCAAAACAGUGCUAGUUCUAGCAGUGACAAAGAUAGUUUGCUUUCUAGUGAAAAAUACAUUCCGGAAAUGGUCUCUAACUGCAAUAAUAAGGGCACUGACACAGAUUUGGCUUCGAUUGAUGAUGAAGAUGUCUCUGAGAAGCUCCUGCUUAGUGAAGAAGAACAUGGGCCUAACACAUGCACUGUCAAAAAUGAUGUGCAAGAGGUGAUGAAACCCUCUCAUCAUGAACAGCAAUCCAAUAUUGAAUCAAGGCAUCCAAAAACCAUUAAGAAUAUAAUGAUGGCAUUAAAAGAAGGGAAAGUUAGAGAAAAUAGUUCUCCAAUGAGGGGCAAUCGAACAAAGACUGUAGCUGCAUUGACCCAAAGAACAAACGCAGAAGCAUUGCCUAAAGUGCCCAAACCUAGUGCUGUUGCUCCUGGUUUCAAGUCCAAUGCAGAUACACCAGCGAAGGCAUCCUUUGAUUUUGCAAAGCGGAUUCAGGGGUCACAUUCUUUAAAGCAUCAGUUACCUGUUAUUGACUCCUCACCUAAAACAAAACCCAGACAUGACUUGACUCCUCCAUCUGGUCCUGUAAAACAAGUUGUUGAAGAUGGACCUCCUACUAAGUCAAGGCAAAGAACCCCUCCUAGUUUGGUCAGACGAUUGCCAUUUCCAGUACGGAUGAAGCAAGUGGAGCUUGAUGUUCCAAAUGCAGUGAGCAGUUCUGUGAAGGUAGGGCCAAGUGAGAUGCCCCAUGAGGCUGAAAAGACUCAUGCAGUACCUAAAAGUUGUUCAACACAUGUUUCUAGGCACAUUAUACAGGAGCCACUAAAGGCUCAAGAAAGAGGUUCAAAAGGAAUGCAAACAGAUAGUGGCAAUUCAUUGUCAUCUUCAGUGUCAAUUCAAGGAUUUGAGCUUUGUGAUGAUGCAGAAAUUCCCUUGAUUGACAUGAAAGAACAGAUACUCCCUAAUCGUGAGAGUAUCACUCAUACUGAAUGUAUAGAAUCACAUCUAGCCAGCUGCUCACCUGCUUCCCAGUUGCAUGCGCAUUCUGAGAUGUCUAAAAAUAUGGCUGGGGAAAACCAUGGACAUGAUAAAAAAUCUGUAAUUUGCUUGGUCCAAACCUCAGGGGACAUCAUAGAUCUUCAGAAUACCACUCCUGAUAUCGAGAAAUUGAGUUCAAGUGUGGUUCAAGAACUCCCAAUCCUGAGCUCUGAAGAAAGAUUUGUUUGUAAAGAUGAUACCCCUGUAAGCAGGCCAAGUAGUGGGCAUGAUACAGUUAUACAGUCAAAACUUACAUCUACAUCCAUUGGUGAUGACAAGUUCACUGUAAGGGAACUUUUAUCAUCAGUAGCAGAGACUACCCCUUCAGUUGUGUCUCCUCCUUCAUCAAGCCAAAAGAGUUUGCAGCUGGAUAAAGGAACCAUUUUGCAAAAUCCAACAAUUGAAAAGCCAACUGCCACCCAUCUUUCCCCAGUUUUUGACGAUGUCAUACAUGUUAUACGGCAUAGUAGUUUCCGUGUUGGAAGUGAGCAGCCAGUACUGGAAACAGUAGAGAUGGGGGUUCAGAAUAUGGAUGUUAAUAAGCUGAUAAAUGUAGUGAGGGAUGAAAUAGAGAUGAGAAACGCAACUGCUUCUGCAACAUUUAAAUCAUCAAGUGGCACUGAAGCCUUGAGUUUGAAUACAAAUGUUUCUGAGAUCUCUGGUCUCAAGGAAGUGGAUGUGAGAGAUGCUGUUCCUUCAGUUCUGAAAUCUGAUACCCUAGAGCCAACGAAGCCCAACCCCCCUGUGACCGAAGAAGAAACACCGGCAAAGGAAAUCUUGGAUGUUAAGUCUUUCAGGCAAAGGGCAGAUGCACUUGAAGGGCUACUGGAAUUGUCUGCAGAGUUGCUGCAGCAUAAUAGAUUGGAGGAGCUCGCAGUUGUUUUGAAGCCUUUUGGAAAAGACAAGGUCUCCCCAAGGGAAACAGCUAUUUGGUUAGCAAAAAGUCUUAAAGGAAUGAUGAUUGAGGACAGUGGGCGGAGUUCAUGAUGUAUCAAAUCUGUGGUAAGCUUGCUCUGAUAUGAUGCUUUAUGUAAUUGCUCUCAUAGUUCUUAGCUAUUUUUUAUGCUUUUUGCACAUUCAAGCUCGAUUUGAAUUUAAAGAGAACACGCAGGACUUUUAUUUUUUAUUUUUUUUUUAGGGAGGGGGGUUCCUUAUUAUCCAAUUCUUUCAAUGCCUUCUUCUGUUGUACAUAGUGACCAUACAAGUUAAUAACAUUGUCUUCAAUUCAAAUAUACAUAUAUAUGCUUUAGCUUGUGGUCUAUGUAAUUCAAGGCAUUGUUUUUUUUUUUUUUCGAUCAGUUGUAAUUCAAGGCAUUGUAAUCAAUGGUCGUGGUUGAUAAAACAUAGUGGUCAAUGGUUGGAGAAA